GAUUAUUACAGGCGCUCGAUAUACACACGCUGUUUUCACUUUCCGUUCAUUGUACACUAGCACGGCCCUCGCCGCUAUACAUUAUCAAAUACACUUUAUACAUACCAUUGUUAUUCUCAUCUGCUUAGUGGAUAUUAUUCAUAAUAAUUAAUACGUAUGUUAUCUACUUUAUAGACUGCCGCCACAUACACAUACUGACCUUCGGAUUAUCAUGAUAAAUGGAAUAUUAAACGAACCAAAAUUGUGGUAAAAGACCACCAGAUCAAAUCGAACACGCACAAGUAGCUGCAUUAAGUAACGUUCUUAUAUUUUUAUUGUAUUUAUCGCAUUUAACUGAUAUAUUUCAAUAUGAACUCAUUGAUAUCUGAUAACCUUGUUAAUAUUUUUGAAAUAAUAUAUUUGGGUGGUCCACCACAGGUAAAUGGUGACCCCAACGUUUCUCCAGAGUUAAUUAGUGAGCGUGUGUUUAUGCUAUUUGUUAUGCUAUUAUAAUUUUUAUUUUAUUUUCGGCUUAUCCAUUCUGUUUAUAUCCCAUACGGCUUUAUUUGUACUAAAUCACUUACAAUGGACUCUCUCCCAGCUAAUCCUUUCUCCACAUCACAGUCUGAAGAUAAAACCCUAACUUCCAUUAAUGCUAUCUCAGAUUUUAAUCUUCCUGCGUUUGGCAUUAGCAAUCCUAGGAUGUGGUUCUGUCAGAUUGAAGCUUUAUUUACAGCCAAAAACAUACGCGCACAAACUACGAAAUACGCAUAUGUUGUAAGCUCACUCCCAUUAGACAUAGCUGCACAAGUGGGAGAUCUUAUUGCUCAAGUGCCUGAAAACGACCCAUAUGAUAAACUUAAAGCCGCGUUGAUUCAGAGAACUUCUGCAUCAGACGAAACAAGGCUACAACAGUUAUUAACCUCCUGUGAGUUGGGAGAUAAAAAGCCAUCCCAAUUACUACGAUACAUGAAAGAGUUGUCUGGUCCUUAUAAAUUAGACGAGAAUAUACUCAAACAACUUUGGCUUCAACGGCUACCUCACAAUGUCAGACAGAUUCUUAUGGUAACUAUUAAUUCAGCCAACCUGACUGAGUUAGCCGACAUGGCUGAUAAAAUAACUGAAAUCUACCCAGAUAACCAAGUUGUUAAUUCUGUACAAACUACUGGUAUAGAUAAUAUGUGUAAUGUUAUUAGCCUCCAACAACAACAAAUAGCACAACUCACAAAUCAGAUUGAAUCACUACGUGCUUCGAUAGCUAUGAUAACCACGAAACCAACUUCGAUAAUUCCUAGAAAAAGGUCAGGAUCGCGACAUCGCUCUAGAUCUCCAAAAAGACCAACUGGCGUCUGUUGGUACCAUCAGAAGUAUGGUGAGAAAGCACGACGUUGUACCAAGCCGUGCACUUUCCCUACAAGCAGUCACGAAUUACAGGGAAACUGGCCUGCCAGACAGUAAUGGCGGCGACUGCUUCUGGCCAUGCUACUAGCCGUCUGUUUCACAUCAGGGACAGAGUUUCGGGCUCAGACUUCUUAGUCGAUACAGGAGCCGAAAUAAGCAUUAUCCCUCUAUACCUCUCCCGACGGCAACAUAUCACCCCCAGCAAGAAUACACUCCAAGCAGCGAAUGAAACAAUCAUCCAGACUUACGGGGAACAGUCACUAAUAAUCGACCUCGGUCUCAGACGACGUUUCACGUGGGUCUUUGUAGUAGCACAGGUAAAACAGCCAAUCCUAGGAGCAGAUUUCCUUACUGCCUAUAAUUUGCUAGUAGACGUGCACGCCAAACGACUAAUCGACAAUCAGACACGUUUACACGUAAACGGCAUUACUGCUAACAUUUACGAAAUUCAUGGAGUACGUUUAAUUAAGCCGGAUAAUCAACCUUUCGCCGACCUCUUAACUAAAUAUGAUAGCAUCACCAAGGUUGACUAUCGAAAGGAAGGCAGUUUACAUCACAUACUUCAUCACAUUACUACUACUGGUCCUCCCGUCUGUGCCAAACCAAGGCGACUGCCCCCACAUAAGCUUCAGAUUGGCAAAAGAGAGUUUGAACACAUGACGCAACUGGGUAUCAUCCGUCAAUCAAACAGCCCAUGGGCUUCGCCACUACACAUGGUACCAAAGAAGGAUCAGGACUGGCGCCCAUGUGGCGAUUAUCGAAGUUUAAAUAACCAAACGACACCUGACAGAUACCCUAUUCCUCAUCUUCAUGAUUUUUCGCUUAACUUAUAUAGAAAACAUUUUUUUUCAAAACUUGACCUAGUCAGGGCAUAUCACCAAAUCCCGGUGGCACCUGAAGAUAUUGAAAAAACAGCCAUUAUCACACCUUUUGGCUUGUUUGAAUUUUUGAGAAUGCCAUUUGGGUUAAAAAACGCAGCCCAAACGUUCCAACGGUUUAUGGAUGAUGUAACCAGAGGCCUCGACUUUGUUUUUGUCUACAUCGAUGAUGUUCUUAUAGCUAGCGCGUCGAUCGAAGAACACGUUCAGCACCUACAAACCCUCUUCGAUCGCUUCCAACAGUAUGGAGUCGUCAUUAAUCCUUCCAAGUGCAUCUUUGGCGCUCCUGCCUUGGAGUUUCUGGGACAUUACAUAGACUCACGAGGCAUAAGACCACUACAGGAGAAAGUAGACGCCAUCAUCAACUACCCUGAACCUACCUCACUAAAGGCAUUACACCGUUUCCUUGGAAUGUGUAAUUUCUACCGACGAUUCCUACCACAUUGCGCUGAAACCUUACAACCUCUGACUGACAUGUUAAAAGCCGACAACCAAGUGACGAGAAAAACUAAAAACGACAUAUUCAACUUAUCGACCGAUGCUAAAACUGCAUUCGAGAAAGCUAAAUCUCUUAUAUCCAACGCCACUAUGUUACAGCACCUCAACACUGACCCCACGACAAAUCUAAUUCUAUGCACAGAUGCAUCGCAGAAAGCUGUCGGGGCAGUGCUACAACAACAGGUAAACGACGUCAUCACGCCCAUAGCGUUCUUCUCUAAACGAUUAUCACAGGCACAAGAACGUUACAGCACUUUUGGACGUGAGCUACUUGCUAUCUAUCUUGCAGUAAAACACUUCAGUUUUUUAUUACAAGGACGUCCGUUUACUAUAAUGACUGAUCACAAGCCUUUAAUUUACUCCUUUAAUGUAUCAUAUGAUCGCCAUUCACCUCGGGAAGCCAGGCAACUUGACUAUAUUUCUCAAUUUACCACAGACAUCCAGUAUAUUAAAGGACAUAGCAACGUCGUCGCCGAUGCAUUAUCACGCAGGGAUAUCAACACUCUGAUACGCAAACCAGAUAUUAACCUCGAAACGCUUGCUAAACUACAAAUAGACGAUGCAGAACUAGAAGCCUGCAAAGUAAAGUCUAACUUGAUCCUUAGACAGGUACCUAUCCCUUUCUCCAACGCAUCGAUAAUCUGCGACGUAUCAACUGGAAAUCAGCGCCCCUUUGUACCUGAAGCCUGUCGACGACAAGUAUUCCGACAGUUACACGAACUUUCGCAUCCAGGAAUAAGAGCCACCACUAAAAUGAUAACGGAACGUUUCGUUUGGCCUAAAAUUAAUUCGGAUGUAAAACGUUGGACCAGAAACUGCUUACAGUGUCAACGUAGUAAGGUACAAAGACACACAUUAAGUGUUGUUGGUAAAUUUCCGCUUCCUGACAAACGUUUUCAACAUGUUCAUUUAGACAUCGUUGGUCCAUUACCACCAUCAAACUCCUUUACUCAUAUCCUCACCGCGGUUGACAGAUUCGCCCGAUGGUCGAUAGCAUGUCCUAUUGCAGAUACCUCGGCAGAAACGGUAGCAGCAGUUUUUCUUGAUCGGUGGAUAUCUAAUUACGGAGUUCCCUCAAUUAUUACUACAGACCGUGGUCCCCAGUUCCAAUCCGUUCUAUUCCAGGAAUUCGCUAAACUACUGGGAGUAAACCACAUAAAAACCACAGCUUAUCAUCCAGUAGCUAAUGGUUUGGUCGAAAGGUUUCACCGCCAAUUAAAAAGCUCACUGAUGGCACAAGCUGACACGACGAAAUGGAGCGAUGCAUUACCGCUCGUACUCCUGGGAAUUCGCUCAACUAUCAAGGAGGAUAUCGGAUGUACUUCUGCUGAACUGGUUUACGGCACAACACUUACGUUGCCAGGCCAAUUGGUUGACACGGACACAUCGACACCAAGUGACCCAAGUCGAUUCGCUAGUCGACUGCUACAAACCAUGCAGAGCCUAAAAGCCAUACCGCCACGGGAGCAUAAUAACCGCAUAUAUCUUGACAAGAAUCUGAUGACGUGCAAAUAUGUUUUCGUUCGCGUCGACGCGGUUAAAAAGCCACUGAAACAACCUUACGAUGGACCAUAUCAAGUAAUUAAACGAACUAAUAAACAUUUCACAAUCAACAAAGGUGGAAAGAAGGAGACUAUCGCUACCGAUAGAAUUAAACCAGCUUUCUAUGAAACUCAACUCGACAAAGAAGACAAUAUCACUGAUAAACAAAACCUCAUGCAAAGUCACAGGAAAGCAGUAGAGGAGCAGGAACCGACAGUUAAACCCACUUGCUUAACACGUUCCGGCAGAGCCGUGAAUAAACCUAAACGCUAUGUACAUUUCACUGAUUAAAAUGAAAACGGAAUUCAACAACUUGCUGUUAAUGUACAUUAUAUUGUUAAAAACUCUCAAUCUCCUAAAUAAAAACUAAUAUACCCUUUUGGUCUUCUAACACGUACAUAUAUUAAACCACAUUUUUUUUCGUAAUAACUCGUAUAGUCACAUUAUAUAUAUUUUUUUAACACUAUUAUUAACGAAUUAAUUUUUUUUUCCAAAAAAAAAAUAAUAAACAAUUCAACUUUUGUGUGGGUUUAUUAAUAGUUUUGCACGUUGUUGUUUUUUUUAUCAACCAACCAAAACAUGGUGUGACUGUAUUGCCUAUUUUUUUUUUACAUUAACGCGUCGUAUCAUAUUAAUGUACAUGCCAUACCAUUCUCCACUUUCCUGCAUUGCUUUUCUAAUUAUUAUACAUAAAUGCACACACUGUACGCUCACAUAUAUUUUUUUUAAUAUAACUAGUGUCACCUCCGGACACUCUGGGGGGAGCUAUGUGGAGAUGGCAUGACAAACUUAUUUUGUAAACAGUUUUUGAUACUAUCUGUAUUUAUUUUGUUAAAUUUCACAGCUUGUACAUUCACUAUGAGAUUGUUGUACUUUUUGUUUAUGUGUGUGACCUUGAUUAUUACAGGCGCUCGAUAUACACACGCUGUUUUCACUUUCCGUUCAUUGUACACUAGCACGGCCCUCGCCGCUAUACAUUAUCAAAUACACUUUAUACAUACCAUUGUUAUUCUCAUCUGCUUAGUGGAUAUUAUUCAUAAUAAUUAAUACGUAUGUUAUCUACUUUAUAGACUGCCGCCACAUACACAUACUGACCUUCGGAUUAUCAUGAUAAAUGGAAUAUUAAACGAACCAAAAUUGUGGUAAAAGACCACCAGAUCAAAUCGAACACGCACAAGUAGCUGCAUUAAGUAACGUUCUUAUAUUUUUAUUGUAUUUAUCGCAUUUAACUGAUAUAUUUCAAUAUGAACUCAUUGAUAUCUGAUA